AUGAGUCGAUACGUCAUGUCUAUUCAUGCAACUUCUGUUGGGAAAAAUUUGAGCUGGAACGGCAUCUGGCGAUCAAGUUAUGUUCAGUUUGCAUAUUUGAGUCAUAAGAAGAUGGGACGUGCUGGCAAAGCAGCCAAGGGCGCUACUAGUACAUCAGCAACAAAAACAACCAAUGAAAAGGAGGAGUCAGCUAUCGAAGCGGAUAAAAAUGGUCAAAUUUUGUUGAGAGUUCACGCGAAACCGAACGCCAAACGGAGUCGAAUCACCGAAAUUGGUUCAGAUUCAAUUGAAGUGGCGUUGGCAGCACCGCCGCGUGACGGUCAAGCGAAUGAGGCGUUGAUCGAUGCUAUGGCUGAAAUCCUCGGCUUACGCAAGGGUGAUAUUGCUUUGGAGACCGGGUCACGAUCUCGAUCAAAGCUUAUCACGGUGAAUUCACAGCGUAUCACGUUGGACGAAGUUCGUGCCAAGUUGCAAAAGAGUGUUGAUGAGCAGUAG